CCUUGGCUUUCUGGACUAACAAUGACCCCAAAUUCCGGACAAUAGAAUAUUUUCAGCUGGUAAAAAAGGGAGAGAUUUACAAAUAGUGCUUGAGCAUCAUGGAGCUUCUAGGUUCUACUUUAGCGGCAACUUAUGCCCACCCUAGACCAACACCAGCCAACUUCCUACCAGCCAUCAGUGCCAUGGCCUCAAGCUAUAGGGACUGCUUCCCCCACUGCAAUCUGACCCAUAGUCUGAGCCUGCCUUGGAGACCAAGCACGUACUACAAAGCAGCCUCCAACUCGCCAGCCUUGGACCCGUACUGCACCAGACCUCAGAGGGUGUCCGAGAGCACCACGCUUCCCUUUGUUUCCAACAGAACCACACUCUUCACCAGGUAUACUCCCGAUGAUUGGUACAGGUCCAACUUAACCAACUUUCAAGAAUCCAACACUUCCCGACACAAUUCAGAGAGACUAAGGAUAGAUACAUCUCGCUUGAUUCAAGACAAAUAUCAACAAACGAGAAAAACCCAGGCAGACUCCACCCAAAAUCUGGGAGAACGAGUCAACGACAUAGGAUUUUGGAAAUCUGAAAUCACUCAUGAGUUGGAUGCAAUGAUUGGAGAGACAAAUGAACUAACCGAUAUUAAGAAAAAACUGGAGAGGGCUUUGAUGGAGACAGAAGCCCCUCUUCAGGUAGCCCGGGAAUGUCUAUUUCAUCGAGAGAAGAGAAUGGGAAUCGAUCUAGUUCAUGAUGAAGUGGAAACAGAGUUGCUGAUGGAGGUUGAUAUUAUUCUGUGUUGUCAAGAAAGGAUGAAGCUGCAUUUGGACAAGGCCAUUGCCCAACUAGCAGCCAACAGAGCUUCCCAGCACGAGCUGGAGAAGGACCUGAGUGACAAGCAGGCGGCCUACCGCAUCGACGAUAAAUGCCACCACCUGCGAAACACGUCGGACGGCGUCAGCUACUUCCGCGGAGUGGAGAGGGUGGAUGCCAUGGUCUCAGUGCCCGAGUCCUGGGCCAAAUUAACCGACGACAAUAUUCUUCGCUCCCAGAGCGAGCGAGCUGCCUCUGCGAAACUAAGAGACGACGUCCAGAACCUUCUGGUGGUGACAGCCAACGAGAUGUGGAAUCAGUUCAACAAAGUGAACCUGGCUUUCACCAGCCGCAUUGCCGAGACUGCAGAUGCUAAAAAUAAGAUUCAGAUUCACCUCGCAAAGACCCUGCAGGAGAUUUUUCAGACGGAGAUGACCAUCGAAUCCAUCAAGAAGGCCAUCAAGGACAAGUCUGCCUUCCUGAAGGUGGCUCAGACCAGGCUGGAUGAGCGUACGCGGAGGCCCAACAUAGAGCUCUGCAGAGACAUGGCUCAGCUGCGCCUGGUUAACGAGGUGUACGAGGUGGACGACACCAUCCAGACCCUGCAGCAGCGCCUGAGGGACGCGGAGGACACCCUGCAGUCGCUGGUCCACACCAAGGCCACCCUGGAGUACGACCUGGCGGUCAAAGCCAACUCCCUGUACAUCGACCAGGAGAAGUGCAUGAGCAUGCGCAGGAGCUUCCCCAGCGCCCGGCGGCUGGUGGGCUUCUGCUAGGGCCCCCUCCCCUGGACCAGGUGUGACGCUCCCCAAGGAAGGCGGAACCUGGGCGCCGCGCGCGUGCGCGCGCACUUACACGAGGGCUGAUCUAUAUUCACUUAUUAAAGGAUCGUAUUUAUAGACAUGUGCCGCGGUCCUGUCUUGGAAAACCUUUCGUUUGCCUCCAAACCUUAAU